AUGCUCCAAGCCUCAUUCUCUCCAUACACAUACAGUAUGCAAUGCAAAUGUAGAUCCGAUCUGACUCGCGGCCCGCCCCACUUGGCCGACGUUGGCGCUGCACUAAAUCCCGGCUCGUCUCCAGUUCAUCAUCUUUCCUUCAACCUCGACAAUGAUCUCAACACGAUGCCCCUGUCCCUGCACUUCUUCCUGACACCCCUCGCACAACCAUCAGUUCUAAGUGUGGCACUAUGGCUACUUCUGCUCUCGGACAUCGCAGUCGCUGACAGAGAAAACGAUUUCCGCUCCGAGAAAUAUGCCCAUGGCUUUGAAGGCCCUUUCCCGCUGCAGCAUUACUCAUCUGCGAGUGUGUCAGGCCCAAUCUUGAACUACUGGGAGAAAAGUGUUGCAUGCGAUGAUGGGUUACAUACCUUUAUCUCGCCACGCGGGGGAUCAGUACGCCAUUCUGGACCCAUGAUUAUGGAUAAUCAGGGGCAUUUGGUGUGGUUUAAGGAAUAUAAGACGACUUAUAAUGCCAAUGUUUAUACUUAUAAGGGGCAACGGUAUUUGACAUUUUGGGCGGGUGAUGAUCAGAUUCGGGGGCAUGGGGAGGGGAUACUAUAUAUGCUCAACUCCAGCUACGAAGAAGCAUAUAAACUCCACGGUGUAAAUGGUGUUGCGGCAGACUUGCACGAAUUCCAUAUCACUCGUGACGAAACGGCCGUCUUUACAGUCUAUGAUAUCAAAUCCGUUGACUUGACCUCAACAGGUGGAAUGGAAAAUGGCUGGAUCUACGAUGGCGUCUUCCAAGAGAUAGACAUAGAAACUAACGACCUCCUCUUUCAAUGGCGUGCUUCAGAUCAUUUCUCCUUCCGCGAGGUUGAGCGCAGCAGCGAAGGGACCGGUGGUUCAGAAGAAGACCCGUGGGAUUGGUUCCACAUCAAUAGCAUCGACAAGGACGAAAAAGGCAACUUCCUCAUAUCCUCACGGUACCUGAAUUGCCUCGCGUAUAUCGACGGUGUGACCGGCGAUGUAAUUUGGAAGCUCGGCGGGAAGGAAAACUCAUUGACCGAUCUAUCAGCGGGCGCAGCGACAAAUAUAAGCUGGCAGCACCAUGCGCGAUUCCAGCCCCAGUACGAUACGAAAACGACAAAAGCGAUAUCCAUUUUCGAUAAUUCGUCGCGCGGGAAAGGUGCACCGGAGAACACCAGUCGUGGAUUAAUCGUCGAUAUAGACGAGACGAACAUGACAGUCGCUGUCCGCACACAGUAUUGGAAUCAAUUCCCGAUUAGCAGCCAGUCGCAGGGCUCAAUGCAGGUCUUGGAGAACGGGCAUGUAUUGCUUGGCUAUGGCUACAGCGCUGCGUGGACGGAGUUUGGAGCUGACGGGGACGUGCUUUGUGAAGUCAAUUUGGGCCCGAGAGAGUUAUUCGAUCGAGGCGAUAUCAUCUCCUAUCGAACCUUCAAGCAGAAAUGGGUUGGAACACCUCUGACUGCGCCUAAUGUUGCAUUGUCUGGUACUACGGCGGCUGUUAGCUGGAACGGGGCGACGGAGGUAGCCACUUGGGUUUUGCAAGGAUCUCAUGUUAAUGUGACAGACCCCGAGUCCACGGAUGAGGAUGGGAUACACAAAUACUCGAACAGGUUUGAGACUAAAUUCCCCAUCCCGGAUAUACCAUACCGCACAUUGCGCAUUGUUGCCCUUGAUGGAACGGGAGGUUUCCUGGGAAAGACAAGGGCUAUGCAGUGGGCGCCCGAGAAAAUGAAUGAGGAAGUUGCGGUGUUUGCUGGUGAUGAGGAAAAAGAAACGAAUUCGGAGCAUCGCAUCGCACCCGUGAUGAUGUUCGGGAUUGGUUUCAUGAGCGCGGCAGCAAUCUUGCUUUGCGCACGGCUCGUCUGCAAGUAUGCCUCCAGAUAUCCUAGACCAACCUUUAGCCGCAAUCAUGGCAAGGGCAAGGGGUGGCAGGCGGUUCAAUCAAGCGAAGAGCUCGAUCAGAUGGAUGACCUCAGCGACUUGGAGUUGGGGGAACGAGAUGAAGACCAGUUAUUGAACGGCAGUAGAAAGAAGAAUUGA